AUGGCAGAAAUACAAACUCUAAUGGAAAUGGGCUUCCCCAAGGAUCGAGCGGAAAAGGCGUUAGCGGUUACAAACUAUAAGGGCGUAGAACCUGCUAUGGAGUGGCUCUUGGCACAUGCUGAUGAACCCGAUUUAGGUUCCGGUUAUGCUUUAGGAGGGGCCCCUAGCACAAAUAAUGAAGUAACUCCUUCAGCAUCAUCUGCACCGGCCGAUUCGGUAGAGCCGGCCGCAGAAAGCUCUGAAAUAGCAAAGUCGCUGAAAUGCGAUGAAUGUGGAAAAUUAUGCAAAAAUCAGGAGGAAAUGGAAUUUCAUGCGGCGAAAACAACACACGCCAGUUUCUCUGAGUCCACAGAGGAGAAGAAACCACUGACUGAGGAGGAGAAAAAGGCUCAGUUAGCAUUACUGGAAGAGAGAAUGAAGCAGAAAAGGAAGGAGAGGGAGGAAAAAGAAAAGGCUGAAGCAUUGGAAAGAGAGCGGUUACGGAUCAAAUCCGGGAAAGACUUGCAAGAUGCCCGUCUGAGACUGCAAGAGCAGGAAAUGCAGAAAUUGGUCGAGCAAAGGCGCCGCGAAAAGAUCGAGGAUCAAAAGGCCAGGGAGAGGGUCAGGGCGCAGAUUGAAGCGGACAAACAGGCACGAAAACUUGCCGCAUCUGGUCAGAAGGAGGCGCCGCCCCCCGUCGCCGCUCCGGCCCCCGCCCCCGCCCCCUCGGCCCCCGCCGCCCCCAAGGUGUACGACCAGGCGCGGAUCCAGCUCCGGCUGCCCGACGGGAAAUCGCUGUCGCACACCUUCAGCGCCAAGGAACAACUGGCCGCCGUCAGACUGUACCUCCAAUUGCAUGCUCAAGAAUACGCUCAGCAAGAAAAUUUUAAGCUGAUGACUACAUUUCCAAAGAAAAUUUUUACAAGUGAUGACUAUGAAAAACCUUUAGAAUCUCUGGGUCUGGUUCCAUCUGCUGUUAUAAUUGUUUCAAAAGGCCAA